GGUUAGGUACCUAUUAUUGAGAUCAAACUUGGAUUUGUAUUUCACUGUUUCGUAAUUCGUAUUUCUAGUGAAAGUACACUGUUUACUUAACAUUUUACAAGUAGAGUGAUAGUGAGUUUGCUUUUGUAACGUUCGUCAAAAAUAUUCAGUUGUUUAAAAAUAAUGUUUAGAUAUUCCAGAGGUUUGGCGUGUUUCUUUUAGAUUCUUGUGCGCUUUAACUGAAAAAAAAGAUGUCGGCACACGAGCAAAUGAGAGCUAUGUUAGAUCAACUGAUGGGCACAGCACGGAAUGGUGAAACAGAUAAGCAUGGGGUAAAAUUCUAUGAUGAUAACGUAUGCAAAUCAUUUCUACUACAAUGCUGCCCACAUGAAAUAUUAUCAUCCACCCGCAUGGACUUAGGUGAGUGUCCAAAAAUUCAUGAUCUGGCUCUCCGUGCUGACUUUGAAUUAGCCUCAAAAAACAAAGAUUACUUCUAUGAUAUUGAUGCUACAGAACAUUUAGAGGCAUUCAUUGCUGAUUGUGAUCGUCGAACAACAGCUGCCAAACAACGUUUGGCUGAGACACAAGAGGAACUAUCUGCUGAAGUCACGGAAAGGGCUAAUGUUGUGCAUGAACUAGCAGAACAAAUUGGACAAAAAUUGGCUAGAGCAGAGGCCCUUGGUGAAGAGGGUAUGGUUGAAGAGAGUAUGAAUCUGAUGGUAGAGAUUGAUGAACUUCGUAAAAAGAAAGCUUUGGCUGAACAAGAAUAUAGAAACUCAAUGCCGGCGUCGUCAUACCAACAGCAGAAAUUGAGAGUGUGUGAAGUUUGUUCUGCUUACCUUGGCAUCCACGACAAUGAUCGUAGAUUGGCUGACCACUUUGGUGGUAAACUACAUUUGGGAUUUAUCACUAUACGGGAAAAACUUGCCGAGUUGAAGAAAACUGUUGACAAGCGCCGCGACGAGCGUGGAGCUGAGCGAGACCGAAGUGGCGGCAGGAGGCACUAUGUGGGUGGACGCGAGUUGGACCGGCGCGCGCGCAGACACCGCGAGACGCCGCGCGACCGUGGCGACCGCGACCGAGAGCGGAAGGAGGCUGAGCGGGAGCGGGGCCGGGAACGAGAGAAGGAGCGCGACAAGGAACGGGAGAGACGUCGCAGUCGUUCUCGUAGCCGCAGCAAGCGCGACGAGGCCCGCAGUCGGGAGAGAGAGCGCGAGCGGGUCCGUGACAUGCGCCGCAGUCGCUCGUACCGCUCGGCGUCCCGGGAGCGGCGGCGGGAGUAGUGCGGGGAACAUGGCGGCGGCGGGAAGUACGGACCAGUGUUAUAUUACCCGAUGACACAUUGAACAUCCGUACUUCAAUCAUUGUGUGCGUAAAAAUUCCCAAAAUAACAAUAAUUAAUACUUACACAUGCAGUACUCUUGGACAUUGCCGAAUUCAAUAGUUCAAAAACACUGGUAUAGUGUUUGCUAAAUUUUUAUGCCGUUUGUUUUACUAUUGGGCUGACAUAAAACAAGCACGUUUCUUUUAGUUUAGGGGCGCGUAUUUUUAGCCAUUCCUGUUUGUUAGUUUGUGUAACAUUAGCUGGCUGGGAUGAAAACAGGUAACGCGUGUGUCUGUAACACACGAAUGACCCUUGUUGCCAAGGUAAAGUUUUGUGGGUUAUCUUAUGUAAUAAUAAUAACAAAAAUACAGAAAAAGACUCAUUUUUACACAUAUGUUUGACUUUUCUAACUAAUGACAUAUUAAUGAUCAGUGAAGUUCUAACAGUGUGAAUGUAAAUAAUGGCAUAUUUACAGAAAUAAUAAAAUGUAAUUAUGCAAUGGAAAUAUACUAUUUGUAAAUUUAUACUAUGUUAUAUAUCAACUUCGUGGCCCUUGUUGGUUUAUUUUAUUUAUUAUUCAACUAGCUUUUAUCUGCUACUUUUUUAUGGGACUUUUUUUAUAUGUUGACUGACAUAAAAAAUAUGUCGUGAUAUGUGUGAAAGACCUAAAUCAUCUAAAUGAGUAUUAAAAUUUCAAAUUAUUAUAAUCUAAUAAACCCUUCGGAAGGACUGACACAUAAAUGAUAGGUUUCAGAUAUAUUAUGUUAUAUCUCAAACAUAUGUUACAUGUAUAGAUGUAAGUAAAAUUAAAUAAUAAUAGAGAUCGAUUUUAAAAAUAUAUCUUUAAUUCUUUUUCUGAAAGGAAUGUGGAAACAUUGACCAAAUCAUUGCAAUUAUUAUAUUGUUAGGUGGAAAUCACGAAUAACGUAAGCUCGGAAAUGAUUCUCUUGCUUUCCUUCAUCACAACACUUUUUACUCAUUAUUUAUGGAUAAGUAGCUAAGGCGAGAACGCUUUAAAAAAAAUCUCACUUCGCAUUUAUAAUAUUAGUGAGGAUGACAUCAACAUGUAACACCAACUAACAAUGAUUGUCCGUUAGAACUUCACUGACAGUAUCUGUGUUGAUAUUGUAUCAAUUUGUAAUGUAAUCAUUACUUUCAUCUAUAUUAAGUGUCGAGGAUUAAACAUGUUUGGACUGUAGUAUAACAGUGAUGGACCACAAUUACAUCAUGUUGUAUAAAUAUCAUCAUAACUUCUUGUGCAUUGCCUUCAUUAUUAAUAAUUAGAUUUCACACAUGUUGUGGUAUCAUACUUUUAUGUAUCAAGUCAAUGCAGUCAAGAUAUAAUUAUAAGUUUAAGAUAGUUUAUUGAAUAAGUAAUUGUUUAUAGCUUAGAUCAUUUAUAUAUCUAGAUAGACUGACAGCUGAAAACACGCCGAAAAAGGUCUACCUGAAGCAAGAGGCUCUAUCUAGGUGUAUAAAUAAUCUAUGGUUAAGGUAGGAUAGGGGUAGGGGGGGGAAUGCAGACGAAUGUAUUCCCUUGAUUCAGGCCUCGCCCGAUAAGCGGUUUGCUUAUAGUUAGUAGUAGUUUUGGAUAUUCUCAAUUUGAUAUUAUUUCAUGUCAUGCUAAUGAAGUGAAUAAGAUAUAUAUUUUAAAAUAGUUUUAUUUAUAACUAAGGUACCAUUGUGUUAGAAUUCAAUAGUAAUUUUGGUUUCACAUUUGAUGAUUAUGCAUGAGCACUGGUGGUAUAUACAUCCGUCAUGCUGCAAAUUGAUUGAAAUUUUUAAAUGUCGUGAAUUAUUUUGGUCCAGCGUCUGGGAUGUUAAUUGUAACAAUUUGUUUUAUAUAUUUGUCUAUUAUUCUUGUGUUACAAUAAAAUAUAAAAUAAUU